AGAUCUGAAACGGGCAUGAUGUCUCAACUCUUGCACAUGGAGAUUCCAAACUUUGGCAGCACUGUUCUGGAGCUGAACGAACAGCGGCUGCUGGGCCAGCACUGCGAUGUGGCCAUCAUGGUCAACGGACAGGCCUUCAAGGCCCAUCGCGCCGUUUUAGCAGCCAGCAGCCUCUACUUCCGUGAUCUGUUCAGCGGUAGUGCCCAGACACUCUUUGAGCUGCCCUCAUCUGUGGCCCCAUCCUGCUUCCAGCAGAUUCUGUCAUUUUGCUACACGGGCCGGAUGACGGUGAGUGCCAGCGAUCAACUGAUGGUCAUGUACACCGCAGGCUACCUUCAGAUCCAGAACAUCGUGGAGCGGGGAAUGGACCUCAUGUUCAAAGCCAGCGCACCGUACUGCGACUCACAGACAUCUGCCACAGACGAUCCCCCUAGCCCAAACAACAACAACUCCUCCCUGUUGCUAGGCGACCAGCCCACAACUGUCUGCAAGAUCAAGGAAGAGAAGUUGGAGACCCCGGUGUGUGCACAGAAUGGGGAGCUAAAGCACUCAGAGGAGGACAGGGGACCUAGGGUCAGAUCUUUAAGGAAUGGGACUCUUUUCUACACCAGUGGAGGUGUGAACGGGGUCAUACCCGUGAUGCAUGCUUACGAGCACUCGACCCGAGAUCAUGCCAGCCCUGGUGCCUCAAGCCUCCCGACCACAGACAGCCCAACUUCACACCAAAACGAGGAGGAGGACUUUGAAGACGACUCAUACGAAAGCCUGACAAACGGAAAGAUCUUUGGGAGCUCGUCUGGGAUCUAUAGCAUGCAAGAGAAGAUGGAGGUGUCCUCCCUGCCUCUGUCCUUGGAGAACCGUUUCUGUGUGCUGUUGGGAGGAGACAGAGAGGCUCUGCCCGCCGGACUCAUCAGCCAGAUCGGCUACCGUUGCCAUCCUGCUCUCUACACAGAGGGCGACCCUGGAGAGAGACUGGAGCUGAUUGGAGGAUCUGGUGUCUUCAUGACUCGUGGGCAGCUGAUGAACUGUCACCUCUGUGCUGGGGUCAAGCACAAAGUCCUGCUGAGACGGCUUCUAGCUGCUUUUUUUGACAGGAAUACACUGGCUGACAGCUGUGGGACUGGAAUACGUUCCUCCAACUGUGAUCCGAAUCGCAAACCACUGGACAGCCGCAUACUCAACACAGUGAAACUCUACUGUCAGAACUUUGCCCCUAACUUUAAAGAAAGCGAGAUGAAUGUUAUCGCCGCAGACAUGUGCACCAAUGCCCGGAGAGUUCGCAAGCGCUGGCUCCCCAAGAUCAAGUCCAUGCUUCCAGAGGCGAUUGAGGUAUACAGGGGGACUGCAGUCCUCAGCCAGGUGGAAGGAACCACCCAUCCAGGUGGUGGCUUUCCCUUUGAGUCAGAGUUCAAACACCUGGCAGCGUCAAAUCUGACUCUGGAGCAGCAUCUCUAUGGAGACUGCAGAGAGACACUGAGGAAUGGCUCUCACUUCAAUAUGGAAGAGAGGUCCCAAAAAGGUGAAGCAGCCAAGACUGAGCCAGGCCGAGCCAAAGAGUCUGACACCCCGCAGGAAGUUGAAAGGCUUCCGGAAAGUCCUGAGAGAGCUGCCAGCGUGCUCGCUCUCAACCCAGCCAGCAAGAAAGGGGAAAAAGAGCGGGCAUCCAGCAGCCCCAGAUCACAAAAAGAGGAACAGAACAGACAGAGACCACUUAAAGAGGAUCAGUGACUUCCUCUACUUCAUACUAUUAAAAACUGGUCUGCAGCUUCUCACACCAAAAAGGAUCAUUAUCAAUAAAGGCAACUCUCCCAUGCCAUUGAACAUUACAUUAAAGCUGCAUGAUCAUGGAAACUGGACAUAUAACAUUUUUUUCCAGGAUAUAUUGAAGAACGUCUGCAUUAAAUACAGUUGUGCUCACAAUUUUCCCUUCCCCUUGCAGAGUCUAUAAAAUGUUUUCAAUUUAUUACUGUCCUUAUGAAGCUAUUUGAAAGAUAUUUACUCAUAUUCCACAAGACAGAAUAACUGAAUUUACACAACUGAUCUUUUUCAAAAGUUUACAUACCCUUGGUUUUUAAUAUCAUAUAUUACCUCAAGCAUCAAUGACUGUUUGUAGUCUUUUGUGAUAGUUGUGCAUGAGUUCAUGGUUUGUCCUGUGCAGUGAAGCUGUUCUUUGACAAAGCCUCCAGGUCCUGUAAGUUAUUUGGUUCCUCAGCAUGCUCUGCACAUUUGAGUUUUUCCCUACAGUGGCAAUAUAAUGUUGAGAUCCAGUUUUGCCACUAUGGAUAAUUGAGGGACUCGUGCAAAACUGUGAUGCUUGAGGCAACACACAAUAUCAAGAAUCAAAGGUAUGUGAAUGUCUGAAUAGGAUAUUUUGUGUAAUUUAAGUUACUAUUUUUUCUUAUAAAAACUAUGUGUUAUGCAGCUUCUUCAGGGCAGUAUUAAAUAAAAAAAAUCAUAUUGUUUUUAGGAUUACAUCUCUUAUUUUUUUAAAAAAUGAUAAAUGUCUGAUUCCCCAAGGGGUAUGCAAAAAUCUGAGCAUGACUGUAUAAGAAAUUGUAAGGAUUUUUCAUGGAGCCACUUAGCAUACAUAAAAAUGCAGGCACAUAUACAAGCUCAGUACAUUAAGGCAAUCGGCAGUGCGUUUUUUAUGAAUGCAUGUGAUGCAUAAGCUCUGGCAUUUCUGACUAAAUACUCUUGCCAAUUACAGAAACAAGUGGAUUAUGGACUUCUGCAUGGCAAAAAUAAGUGAAGGACAAAGGCCCUCCUUAAUAUAACAUGACUUACAUGCUUCAGAAAUCAACUAUACUGCUUUAACUCCAGCUGGACAGUGGGGUUGCUCUGUACAAAGCUGACUGUGGGACUGCUGAGUUCAGUACAGUAAGGGAAGCUGAACAGAGAACAACAGUUCUCUAGAGAGUAGCUUGGACUCUCAGUUUUCCCUCUCAAGCUUUUUAAUCUCUCUCUUGUUCUCAAGCUGCUGUAUAGUAAAUGCUUGCCUGUUUUUUUGCAUAUCAGCUGGUCUGGACAUUUGAAACGGGAUUGUAUGAUUGUUUUUGGAAGUGAAAUAAAGGAAAGGAUUAUUUUGAGGGA